AUGAAGGGGUGCAGCACCCUCCUGCUGGCGGCUCUCACCGUGCUCUGUGUCUGUGGGCUGGUGACAGCGGGGGACAACGAUGAGUUUUUCAUGGAAUUCUUGCAAACGCUGCUGGUGGGGACUCCAGAGGACCUCUAUGAGGGGCCCCUGGGCAAGUAUGAUGUCAACGAGGAUGCCAAAGCAGCACUGGCAGAGCUCAAGUCCUGCAUCGACAACCUGCAAUCCAUGCACAAGGAGGAGCUGGUCAAGCUGCUGGUGCAAGUUCUGGGCAAUGAGGAUGGUGCCUAA